AUAGCCCUCAUUACCGAGAAUGGUAUUUACUAAUACUUAUAUUUAGUAUUUACCAUUAUUCGAUGCAGUUUGUUUACGAGUUCAUUUUGGAGGACGAAAGGAUAUUUACCGACUGCGAUAAACCGCCUCCAGGAUCUCAAAACAUGAAUGGCUUGUUCAAUUUCUCUGACGCGACCUUUGUCAUGAGUGAACAAGGCGUAUAUUUUGGCGGAAAUUUGACGACCUCGUGGAAUAUCCAAAAAGAGGACAUAAUUAAUGCAGCACUAAGCAUGCAGUAUUUUGACCGCGGAUCUUGGGUGCCGACCGUACUAAAUUUAUCCCCAAAGAAUGUGUGCAGAUCUUUUUUUGACGAAAGGCAAUAUUUACAUACUUUCUUUUUUAAAAACGUUGAAAAUGUUGCGGAAAUUAAGGAGAAAUGCGUUAACGUUCCAGGGACUGUUUUGGUAAUGAAACCAUCUUAUUUUGAAAUCAAAGUAGGCUUGAGUGUUUCACUGAAGCCUGGUCGUUAUAAGAUUGAAAUGAUAUUCACUGCUGUUGAUGAAAAGGGAGUUGAGCGAAGUAAUCAAAUAUGCUCUGCUAUUCGAGGAGAGAUGAAUAAGAUUAAAUAA